AUGAACGACACGCGCGCCCCGAAACGCGGUCCGAAGCAGCCCGCCUGGGAAGCUGCGGCCUCGGCCGCGUCUAGACUGACAGACUUGUCUAUGCCCCGGCAGUGUAGAACUUCGGACAUUCGACGGAGCGACACGAGCCAGGCCGCGUUUUCUAUCACCGACCGCCGACCUGGUGAGCACUUUACGACUGGCUUCCAUGAGGAAGUGUCCGGGUCUAAGCUGGGCCGUUUCUUCGGGGCAGCUUCAUCGCGCACGCGCAAACCGCGCCGGGGCGUGACC